AUGAGUCAGAAAUCAACAGAACCCAUCAUCGGAGGACUACCACCACCUCUAGGUGUUAUCCCUAACUUCGAAGACCCCUAUUCAAUCGCACCUGUAUUACACGGUAUCACUAUUUUACUUCUGGUUCUCAGCACGUUCAGUACCAUUAUCCGAAUGUAUACCCGAUUCCAGAUUAUGAAGGAUCAUGGAUGGGAAGAUUAUAUCAUGUUCGUUGCUUGGUUGGGGUUUCUUGCAUACUGUGCUGUGGGCUAUCCGGCUCUAAGAUAUGGUGCCGGUGUCCACCAGUGGAAUGUCCCAGCAACGAGCGUCAUUGAAUGGGCAAAGUGGGGAGCAAUUGCGGAGGUCGUGUAUCCUCCACUCAUUGCGUUGACGAAGUUGUCCAUUUGUAUACAGUUCCUCCACAUAUUCGUUCCCGAGCGCGGGAUCAAAUAUUGGGGUGUUCAGGUUUUCAUCUGGAUCAACAUGCUAUACUUUGUUGCCUGUUUCUUUGUCUCCCUAUUUCAAUGCCUUCCGAGGGAAAAGAUUUGGAAUCCAACUGUACGCGGGACUUGUUUGAACUACAAGCCGUACAUCUUGGCUACCGGCAUUUUCAACUGCGUCUCAGACGCACUCAUGCUUAUUUUCCCGGUCUUUUCCGUUUGGGACUUGCACAUGUCGUUUGCUCGCAAAUUGGGAGUUUCUGCCAUAUUCUUGGUGGGUACCUUAGCAGUAAUCUCUAGUAUUAUGCGUAUUGUUUACAGCUCAAUCAACAAUCAAAGUCAUGAUUCGACAUAUCACUUGACUCAAGUUGGGAUGUGCACAGUAGGUGAAAUCUGUGCUGGUAUUGUGAUAGGAAAUCUUAUCCUUUUCCCUCGCUUUUUCAAGACAUGCACUCCAAAGCUAUCGCAGCUAUUCUCAAGCUAUCGUGCUUCAACCAAGACAGGUUCAAAUAGACCUUCUGAUCUCACGAUUUCAAAAUCUUGGCAAAAGAUACCCGGGAAGGCAAUGCCUGGUCAGCGAAGUGAAGAAGUGUUGACCGCCGAAUCCAUUGAGCUUAGCCAUUCAAUCAGUGGCAUUUCUCUUUCUUCCCGAGAACCUUAA